AUGGCUCGAGGUGGACGAGGAAGUCCAGUCCCUCGCCGGCCAGUGGACCUGACCGGUGUUAUCUCUAUCGCCGAGAAGAACGACUUGAACACUCUUAUCACUGCCAUUACAGAGAAGCUUCACAACGACAUCAGCGUCAUAUUUGAUUCUCCUCCUGUCACACCUACUCUGGGAGACUUGGGCGACAUAGGCCAUCAUCACUGGCUAGCUUUGUCACUCAAGACGAAUGGAAAAGAGAACGUGAAACCUCGAGCUCCUUCUAUCUGCAAACCUGUAGCAAAGGUGUCACAGAAGACUGCUGAUACAAGUCAGUCCCCAGAUACAGAGAACUCGGAGAACAGUAUGCCUCAGCUGAGAGAGCUUAAGAAAGAGGCUCUUAUCUUCUUCCGAAAGUGGCAGUCAAUUUUUCUGCAGCGUCUUCGCGAUAUAAGUGUCAUGGAAUCAAAUGGUUCUCAAUCUAACAGUCGUGGCCGUGGACGUGGAACUGCACGAGCUGUACGAGGUGGACGCGUGGCUCGUGGUGGGAGAGGGGGUGGUCGCGGAGGCACUGGAGGUGUUGAAGGCCUAACACUGGCAACUGGUGGGUUAACACAAGUUCCUUGGCGUACCCCCCGCACCCCUUCAAAUCACGUUGAUCGUGAACUAUCUCGCCGUUUCCCCCCUGUUCCAACUUCCCUCUGGACUUUGCCACUCGAUAAGCGCAAGCUGUUGCUGCACAUCUCACUUCUGAUUCUUAUCUCGCUUCAGGAGUAUACUGCAUAUGCUCGUAUGACUCUUCUGAACCUGACCUCAUCCCUGAACCUUCCCCUGAAGGUGCUUCAUGAGGAAGAGAAGCGCAUCGCGGAGGGUUUCAGCCAACUUGCAGUUGACGCAGCCAUUGAGCAAGCGUCUGAACCGGAUCAAGAUGAAAAUAAACCUGUCCUAAAAUCAAAGGCACGAAUCGCUGCCAUGACUGGACCCUUCCGGCUUGGAACACAGCUCAUUGCUGUCGGUAUCGGAACUCCCCAUGGUGGGCUUGGACUACGACUUCCAAACGCUGCUGGUCUCCUGGGACCUAUGGCAGACAACGGCCCUUCUACUGGCUCGAUGCUUGGGAUUUAUAUGGCACGACCCACUGAGAAAAUGAUUGAGUCGUUCUCUCGAGACAUUCAGGACUUUGGACUUGUUCCUACCCGCGGAGGACUUCAAGGGGAUUAUGUUGAUGCAAAAGCUAUCCCAGCCAGCUGCCGACGAUUGCGCUUGGUGAUUGCUAUGAACGGUUGGGUAACAGACAAGGAUAACCUCAUUGGGCCUUGGAAGAUUCUUGGAGAUAAUGGGGAGGUUUACGUUCUGCGAUGGGAAAUGAACGUCCUCAACAACAUAGGUACUGCUCUCGAGACGGUUGUGAAAAGCUCAGCCUGGGCCGCUGCCAAGAAAGCUAUAUCUUCGCGAACAAUUUUCACAAGCCUUAUCGAAGCUACCUGGCCAAUGGAGCUCAUGAAAGUGAGCAAGAUCAUUGAUAACCCCUGGAGCAUGGGCAUGGUUCGCGCUGAGAAAACCGGCGCGGUGCUGGCCGACGCUGUGAUGCGCAGCAAGAUUCAAGGAGACCGCCCUGUAUCCCUCAUUGGGUUCAGCUUGGCAGCCCGAGCUAUCUAUGUUUGUCUGAUGAUUCUUGCCGAGAGGCGUCAGUUCGGCCUCAUCGAUUCCGUCGUCUUGAUGGGCACACCCGCUCCUUCAGAGAGCCGGGUUUGGUUGACCCUCAAGAGUGUCGUGUCUGGUCGGCUAAUCAACGUCUUUUCAGAAAGUGACUAUCUUUUAGGGUUUUUGUAUCGUACAUCCAACAUUCACUUCGGCGUGGCAGGCCUGCAACGAAUCCAGGGAGCGGAUGGUGUCGAAAACCACGACGUUAGCAACCUUGUGAACGGACAUUUGCGUUAUUCCACCCUGGUUGGAAAGAUUCUCAAGGAUAUUCACUGGGAGGACCUGGACCUGAACGCCUAG